AUGGGCAGUUUAAUGGAGGCGUGUUGCACCGGUUUCAUAUGUAGGCUGUGCUCAAAAAUGAAUCAUAAAGUGAUUUUUAUAUAUGGUGCAGACGGUCUUGAAAAUAAUUUACUGGAAAAAAUUAACAGCUAUCUUCCCAUUGAGAUAAGUGAAGAAGAUGAACUUCCGAAAACUAUCUGCGAGGCCUGUAUGGUAAAAAUUUUAGUUCAUCACCGAUUAAUCGUGCAGAUCCGAACAGCUCAGAAGAGAUUUGUGAAGAUGCGAGAAGAGGAACUAGCUGCCCGAAAUGCAACCACCGCCGAUUCGAAUGCAAGCUCGAGAACUCUCUCCGCUGAAUCUACUGCGAGUUCACGCACGAUGUCAGUUGAUUCCACUGAUGCCGUUGAAGAACCUGCCGAGACGUUACAAUCCAGCGAGAUCAACACUGAAACGACCGAUGCACCCGCAGAUACCGUCAACACGCGAGUUCAAAUUGAUCAACCGAACGAACUGCCUACCAGCCAAGAUCCUCCUCAGAAUGUUUCAGAAGAUCUGAAUCCAACAGAUCCUGCUGGAGAACCAAACGGGAACGGUGAGCAAGCCGAAUCUGGUCCAUCCACCGCAAAUCCAACGAAUCGUUUAAAGCGUAAGCAGCGAAAUCCAACUCGAUCUGACAAAGAGGCCAAAAAACGGUUAGAGUAA